AUGGAGGAAGAAGACGAAUUUGUAGGUUGUAUUAGUUGCAUGAAUACUAAUGAUUUAUGCGACCUAUUUGUUGCUUAUGCAAAUAAUGAAGAAACAUACGGGCAAAUGCUUGAAACCUGCUUUGAUGUGAAGGUGUCAAACUAUUUCAAAUAUAUAUGCACCAAUUGCGUCGAAAAGUUGGAGAAAGCGAAUACAUUUAAAAGUCAAACAAUUAAAACGAUCGAUACACUACAAACAAUCAAAGACGAAGAAUACCUCGACGAAGCUAUCCUCGAAGCUGAUGAAGCUCAGGGUAAAUCGAGUAAAUCUAUCGCCAGGAAGUCUGUAGAUGAUAACGACGAUAAUGACGAAGACAUGGACGAGGAACACGAGAUCGAGGCGCUCGAUGAGACGACUUGCAUAUAUUGCAACCUGCAGCUCACCACCGUGGAGGGGAUCCACCACCACAUUCGUUUGGUGCACGGCCUCGAACCUCGUACAGGACGGAAGGUCCGCGAGUGUAACUUGUGCGGAGCUUCAUUGAGAGAUUUGGCUGAUCAUUUCAAUAGGUGUCACAAUCCGAACACCGAAACGGAUGGACGUCAGUACGCGUGUCACUUCUGCGACAACGUGUACAACAGCAAGAAGGCUUGUUUCACGCAUCUGAGGAUGAAGCAUGGAUUGAAACUCUGUAACGACCACGCGCCGAAGUAUUCGUCACGUGAUCGAAAGAAAUGUCACAUUUGCGGACGUGACUUCAGCCAGAAGCAGAUCCUGAACAAUCACCUGUGGAAGGCUCAUGGUUUUGAGGUAGAGAAACGUAAAGCGUUCUUUUGUCCACUGUGCUCUGAGCGCGUGAGCUACGGAGCGAACUUCAGCGCUCAUCUCAACCAGCGGCACCACGUGACGGAGCAAGUGGAACAGCUCGAGUUCAGCUCGAUGGAUGACUUUAUGAUGUACAAAAGCGCUAUCCAAGAGGAGACGAAGUUUCGUUUCCGGAAAACGACUGCAAGCAAGCAGACGAUCGAGGGCGUCCGGUCCCACUACAUGUGCAGCCAGUCUGGGAUAUACGUGUAUCAGGGCAAAGGUAAGCGUCCAGCCCCCGAGCGUCAGAUAUACAAGACGGGUAAGGCGUGCCCCGCUCACAUGAUCGUCACCGAGACCCUCGACAAAGUGCUCGUGACGUUCUACAAGACGCACGUCGGACAUGGGACGUGUCCGUACUACGAGCCGCGCGAGCCGAAGCGCAAGCCGCCGGCGCCGUCCGCGUCGGCGGGCAAGUGUGCGAGCGAGACGGAGCUCGUGUGCGACACGUGCGGCGCGCGCGUGCCGCCCGAGCGCCUGCGCGCGCACGUCGCCGCGCACGGACACGAGCUGCUGCCGUGCGAGUACUGCGCGCAGCUUUUCCAAUCGGUCGAUGAUUGGACGCGUCACAUUCAAGUGGAACACGAAGUCUGUGUAGGAUUCUAG